AAGAGUUUUUUGUUUCCUCUGAUAUCAACAGGAACAUAUAAAUAUUUGAUCAGUGGUCAUCAGCGCUGCAGGUGCGGUAACUAUGGCCUCUGCCGCAGACGAAGCCUGGGAGAGUUUCAUUGGAGACAUCCGGCCGAGGCUGAAGGAGCUGGUGGACGUGGAGCCGCUGCUGGAUCAUGUGCACUUCAUCGGCCAAGAGGAGAGGGAGCUCAUCCGACAGAAGGCCAAGGCAGAGGGGAACAGACCGGCCGCCGACCUGCUCAUCGACGCGGUCAUCAGGAGGCCGCAUCCCGUCGGCUGGUUCCGAGCGUUUGUGGAUGCGCUGGUGAGCUCGGGCUUCGAUUAUGCUGCGGACAUCAUUCAGGCCGAACUCCCCGAACCUGAGGUGGAGGCAGAGAAUGAGCAGUGUGUCCGGCUCAUCCAGAUACUGUCCCCCAGUCUCGUGCAGAUGAAGACCGAUGAGGUGUCUGUGCACUGUCUCGCUGAAGGCCUGAUCACCAAAGAGGACUCCGAGAUUAUUAAAGCUGAAACAACAAGCAGAGGACCCAGGAGCGGAGCCCGUGAACUUCUGAGAGGCAUCGUGAGAGGUCGACCGGGGUGGUUCCCCAAAUUUCUCCACGUCUUGCGUGAGACUGAGCAUCAGUCCCUGUAUGAGCUGACGGGAGGGUCACCUGACUGCGACAAGGAAGGACUUUUCGCAGGAGCGAGCCCGGAAAACGAACAACUGCCAGAAAGCCCGGAGCCUUCACAAUCAGAUGGGACUGUCCCAGAAGCCGCGGCCAGAGGCCCAGAGAGCAAUGAUAUUCAUCUGCGAGAUUAUCAGAUGGAUGUUGCAAGACCUGCCCUGGAGGGGAAAAACAUCAUUAUAUGCCUCCCGACAGGAAGCGGUAAAACCCGAGUGGCAGUUUAUAUUACCAAAGAACAUCUGGACGGCAGGAGGGCCGAGGGGCAGUCGGGGAAAGUGGUCGUCCUAGUGAACAAGAUUCCUCUCGUCGAGCAGCAUUUUUCCGCAGAGUUCCAGCCUUUCCUGAAGCCCACAUACAAAGUGGAGCGAGUCAGCGGAGACUGCCAGCUCAAAAUCUCUUUCACGGAGAUCCUGAAGAAAAAUGACGUCGUCAUUUGCACGGCCCAGAUCCUGGAAAACCACUUGGAGAGGUCUAACACAGGAGAGGACGAGGGCGUGAAGUUAAGCGAUCUGUCACUGAUCAUCAUAGAUGAGUGCCACCACACCCAGAAAGGAGAAGUCUACAACCACAUAAUGAUGCGCUACCUGAAGCAGAAGCACAAGAACGAAAAGAUGAAGAAGGAGCAGAAGGAGCCUGUGCCCAUUCCUCAGAUACUUGGCCUGACUGCUUCACCCGGGGUCGGGGGAGCCAACAAUAUGAAGAAGGCGGUGGAGCACAUUCUGCGAAUCUGUGCAAACCUGGACGCUUCCAAAAUCAUGACGAGCAGCCUCGGGGACUGCAAAAAGUCUCCCAAUAAAAUGACUCUCAGUGUUGAAGACAGAAUGGAGGAUCCCUUCGGUGAUGUUAUUAAGAAAAUCAUGAAUGCCAUUCACGCUCAUGCAAAUCUGAGCACCAACUGUGACCUCGGCUCCCAGCGUUACGAACAGUGGAUCGUUGUAACGGAGCGAGAAGCUGCAGCAAAGGAAGAUCACAAAGUACGGGUUUGUGCAGAGUACCUGCGACGGUACAGCGAGGCCCUGAAUCUCAGCAACAUCAUCCGCAUGUGCGACGCCCUCGAAAUGCUGAAUGAAUACUACGAGAAGGAGAUACACACAAAAAUGAACCCAGAUGACGUGCAGGCCAUACAGAUCACAGACACUGAGAGAUUCCUCUUCAAUUUGUUUAAAGAGAACAAGGAAGAGCUGCAGACUCUUGCAGGGAAUCCAAAGUAUGAAAAUGACAGCCUGUCAAAGCUAAGAGGUAAAAUCCUGCAUGAGUUCAGCAGCAGGGAGGAGGCCAGGGGGAUCAUUUUCACCAAAACACGCUUCAGUGCCAUCGCUCUAAGCAACUGGAUUCAGGGAAACCCAAAGUUUGCUGACAUAGGAGUGAAAGCCGCGUAUGUGAUUGGAGGAGGAGACCAGAGUGUUGUCAAACCAAUGACCUCUGCAGAACAAAGGGACGUGUUGAAAAACUUCCACAAUGGAGAUGUCAACGUGCUGAUUGCCACCACGGUGGCUGAGGAAGGUUUGGACAUAGCGGCGUGCAACUUCGUCAUCCGGUACGGCCUUGUGACCAAUGAGAUUUCUAUGAUUCAGGCUGAAGGUAGAGGAAGAGCUGAGGACAGCACCUACACUCUGGUCGAUGUCAAGAACUCGGGGGUUGCUGAGAAGGAGUGGGUCAAUGAGCACCGCAAGAAGAUGAUGAACAAAGCCAUUGAGAAGAUCAGAGCCUUAAAUCAAGCGGACUAUGAAAAACAGAUUGUAGAAUUUCAGUUUCAAGCUAUAACCGAGAAGAGGGUGAUAAUGGCAAAGAAGAAGCAGAAAAAGAUGACGAGUGAGAGUCCAUCGGACGUGAAAUUCACCUGCCGCGGCUGCAGCCAACAUGUCUGCAAUGGUGACGACAUCCAGGUCAUCGAGAGCAUGCACAGAGUCAAUGUUACUGAAGAGUUUAGGGAACUUUACAUUGAGAGAGAAAACCCCUCUCCCCAAGAGCGACCUCUGGAUUUGGAGACCAAAGGCCUCAUGGCAUGCAAGAAAUGUGGGAAGGGAUGGGGUGUGAUGAUGGUGUACCAUGGCAUCGAGUGCCCCUGCCUCAACGUGCAGAACUUCUUGGUGACGCUCAACGGAAAGGCGAUUCCCAACUGCACCAAGUGGAGCAAGCUGGCCGUCAGGUUUUCUGCCUUCGACUACGCUGAACAAGCGAGACAGAUGGCCAGCAGCUCUGACGAGGACGACACUAAUUGAAUUCAGGCAAUUUAGAAAUGUCGGUAUAUGAGAAAACUCAGAAAUUCUUGUAUUUUCAACCGUGCAUCACAAGUCAGACUGUUAAAGUGGGCCACGUCUGAACUGGAGCUUAACAAUUUAAACAUUUUCCUGUGUCUUCCCACAAAUGUAUUAAACUCUUGCACGUCAAAUGUAGAUGUUCUACUAAUAGGCUGGAUAUAAAGGUGAAAUGCUGCUACGAUCCUGAAUGUGCCUCUCUGGUAGAAAAUGAACUGGGAAAAUAAAUAAAUUUCCUCUCAAA